AUGUUUUGGAUAUUCUUUGUUUUACUGAUAGUUUCUACUGGUGAUUGUAUUCUUAUUGGUAAAAUAGAUAAUAAUAUAUUAAUUGGUAAUAUAUCUAAAUCAUUAUGGAAUAUAACUCAAAACCAAUGUAUAUGUGAGAUGAUAGAUUCAAAUGGAAUCAUAUCGACAUUAAAUUAUUUUUCAACAAAUCAAACUUGUCAAUUAUUUUAUACAAAUUUUACUUCGAUUUUAAUUGAAUUUAGUCUCAAUUCUUCUUUGAUAUUUAUGAAUCAAUCAGCAAUAUUCAUAGCACAAAAUCAGAUCACGUCAGCAACAACAUCAGCAGCAACAACAACAACAGUAUGUACUCAGCCAUCGUGGUCACAAACUGCGACUACUAUAUUUGGCAGUCAAGCAGGUACAUCUGGCUCUAACUUUACACUUCUUUCUGCUCCAAUUGGAAUGUACUAUGACGGUCUUAACAAUAUGUUAACCGUUGCGGAUUAUGGAAAUCAUCGUAUUCUACGCUUUCCUAUUACUAAUCCACCUUCAGUUGCAACAGUAAUUGCUGGAGGUGAUGGUGCUGGCUGCAACAUAAGUCAAUUUCGUUCUGUUGAUGGAAUAGGUGUUGAUAAUUCUGGCCGAUUUUAUGUAGCAGAUUACGAUUGCGGUCAAGUCGUUCGAUUUCCAUCAAAUUCAAAUUCGACGACAUCUGGAACACUUCUCGGUUCUAUAGCUCAAGCAGCAUUAAUAUCCGUCAAUCAACUGACUGGUGAUAUCUACGUAGUUAGCCAUACUGAUAAUGCGGUAUACAAGUUUGUUGAAGGCAGUGGGUCACCAGUGGUUGCAGCAGGUGGCAAUGGUAAUGGAAAUGCCUCAAAUCAGCUUAACGGUCCAAAUGGUGUCUACUAUGAUUAUUUAUAUACAAAUGCUUUGUACGUUACUGAGAUUGGUAAUAGUCGUGUAAUGAAAUACCCAUCAGGUUCAACAAAUGCAACUUAUGGAACAGUUGUUGCUGGAGGUAAUGGAGCUGGAAGUGGAGCGAAUCAGUUGAAUAAUCCAAGAUCUAUAGUGGUCGAUAGCACAAGAACUCUUUAUAUUUCUGAUGCAAGUCACAAUCGAAUACAACGUUGGCUGAAAAAUGCGACGAGUGGCACUACAGUUGUUGGUGGUACAUCAGGAACAGCAUCAAAUCAACUCAAUUUUCCUGAAACAGUCCUCUUUGAUAAAUAUGUAUGUACUCUGUCUUCUCGAUCAUCCUGGUCACAAAAUGCUACUACCAUAUUUGGCAGCCAAGCUGGCGGCACAUAUGGCUCUACCCUUUCACUUCUUGAUAUUCCAAUCGGAAUGUAUUAUGAUCAAGCUAAUAAUCGAUUAAUCGUUGCGGAUUUUGGAAAUCAACGUAUUCUGCAAUUUUCUAUCAACAAUCCGCCUUCAGUUGCAACAGUAAUUGCUGAAAGUAAUGGUCAAGGUUGCAACAUGAAUCAGUUUAAUGGUCCUGUUGGAGUAGUUCUUGAUAGUUCUGGUCAAUUGUAUGUGGCAGAUUACGUUUGCAAUCAAGUCGUUAGAUUUCCAUCAGGUUCAAAUUCGGCGACAACUGCAACACUUCUCGGUUCUGUAGCUCAAGCAGCAUUACUAUCUCUAGAUCAAUUGACUAAUGAUAUCUAUGUAGCUGGCUCUAAUGAUAAUGCGGUAUACAACUUUGUUGGAGGUAGUGGAUCACCAGUGGUUGCAGCAGGUGGUAAUGGUAAUGGAAAUGCUUUAAAUCAGCUGUCAGGUCCAAAUGGUGUUUACUAUGAUUAUCUAUAUACAGAUUCUUUAUAUGUUACUGAUAGUGGCAAUAAUCGUGUAAUAAACUUCCCAUCCGGUUCAACGAUUGCAACUUAUGGAACAGUUGUUGCUGGAGGUAAUGGAGCUGGAAGUGGAGCGAAUCAGUUGAAUAAUCCAAGAUCUAUAGUGGUCGAUAGCACAAGAACUCUUUAUAUUUCUGAUGCAAGUAACAAUCGAAUACAACGUUGGCUGUCAAAUGCGACGAGUGGCACUACAGUCGUUGGUGGUACAACAGGAACAGCAUCAAAUCAACUUAAUUGGCCUGAACAAAUCCUCUUUGAUAAAUAUGGUAACUUAUUGGUUGUCGAUAGGGGAAAUAAUCGAAUACAAAUGUUUAAUCUAACAACAUGUUAG